CCGCCGCGACUUCGCGUACCUAAUCUACCAUGGCGGACCGCGCCUCGCACGGCGGCCCUGGGCUGGUCGACGACCGCCUCCGAGCGAUGCAGGCCAACCUGGAGGCGCUAAUGGCGCAGGUCGAGGAGAAGACGCAGCUCGCGGCGGAGGGCUUCAAAGAGGCGGGCAAGCAGCGCGAGCUGGUGAUUGCGCUCACAAAGAAGAUUGACGCGGUGAGCAAGCGGAACAAGGCCCUCGAGAAGGAGGCGACGCGGGCCGAGCUCGCAAGGGCCGAGCUCGUCACUCUCGCUGUCCAGACCGACGAGGACGCCGCCCUGCUCGCGGCGCGUGCGGCGGCGGAGGAGGCGCGGCAGUCGCUCUCGCGGGCGGAGGCGGCUCUGGCGAGAGAGGCCGAGGAGCGGCGGACCGAGGCCGCGGCGGCGGAGCGGCGGCUGGCUGCGCUGCGGGAGGAGGGCGGCGCUGCGGUGGCGGCGCUCGAGGAGCGUUUGGCUGCCGCUGAGGCGGCGAGGGAGAGGGAGAGGGAGGGGGCGGCGGCGGCGGCGGCGGCGGCGGAGUCGGCGUUGCAGUCCGAGCGAGAGGCGCGCGCCACCGCCCAGGAGGCGGCCGCCGCCGCAGAGCGGAGAAGUGGUCCGCUCGAGGCGCAGCUGCUCGAGGCGCAGCGGCGGAUCGAGAGCGUCGAGGGCGACGCCAUCGCCUCGUCGCGGGCCCUCGCCCGCGCCACCGAGGAGUCGACUUCGCGCGACGCGACGCUCGAGUCCGCCUCCAGAGAGAUAGAUAGACAGAGAGAUGCCUCCCAGCCGCCGACCUCGCCCCGCGCGUCUCGGACGCGUCGUGCGCGUGGCCCGUAGAUCCCUCUCCCGCCGCUCAUCUCUCCCCAUCUCUCCCCAUCUCUCCCCAUAUCUCGGUGGCCCGUAGGUCCCUCUCCCGCCAGCUCAUCUCUCGCCAUCUCUCCCCAUAUCUCCCCAUAUCUCGGUGGCCCGUAGGUCCCUCUCCCGCCAGCUCGCCGCCUCCAGCGAGCGAGAGGCGGAGCUGGCCGCCGGGCUGGCGGGGCUAGAGGUCGAGCUGGGAGAGGCGAGAGCUCAGCUCGAGGCGUCGAGUGAGACAGUUGCCACCGCGGCCGACUCGUCGCGAGCAGAGGCGGAGGCGGAGCUGCGCAGUGCGCUCGCCAGUUCGGCGGCGGCGGAGGAGGAGGCGGCCACACUCAAGGAGGAGCUUAGCGCGCGAAACGGCGCGCUGCGCAGCCUCGGCUCCCAGCUGCUCAAGCUGCGCGACGAGCUCGCCGCCGCCACACAGGAGAAAGAGGCGCUCAAGGAGCGGCUCGGCGCCGCUGACGCAGACGUCGAGGCGAACGCGUACGCGAUCGCGGCACUGCAGGCGGCUCUGCGUGAGCACGCCGCGGCGCCGCCGGCUGCAGCUGCGCCCGCCGCGCCCGCCGCGC